AUUAUAUCUACACAGAAUCAACACUUGAAAACAAAGGAUAACGAUCUUUGUCUCCCCCCCACUCUCCUAAACCCAUUUCAGUUUCGGAACAAUGGCUUCUCCGGUCUCUCUUCACUACCUGAUCAACACCUUCAUCUCCAAACCUCAGGGUUUCUGCAACGGAACUGUCUCAGCGCCAAGACCCAGAAGCAAUUUCGCAAGAGAGAGACAAAACAGUGUAAAACCCAUCAGAGUUGCUUCUCUCGAGACACAACCUUUCCCUCUGUUUCAGUCCCCUCCUUCCGAAGAAUCCUCCUCGUCCGAGUUGGAGGCAGCAGAUCCUGAUUUCUACAAAAUUGGAUAUGUUCGAAGAGUGAGAGCUUAUGGAGUUGAGUUUAAGGAAGGCCCUGAUGGUUUUGGUGUCUAUGCUUCUAAAGAUAUUGAACCUCGUCGUCGUGCUAGAGUGAUAAUGGAGAUUCCUCAUGAGUUGAUGAUAACAAUCAGACAGAAACACCCUUGGAUGUUUUUCCCUGACAUUGUUCCUAUUGGUCAUCCCAUUUUCGAUAUCAUCAACUCAACUGAUCCUGAGAGAGACUGGGAUCUCAGGUUAGCGUGUCUUCUGCUAUUCUCAUUUGAUCGGGAAGAUCAUUUCUGGCGUCUCUAUGGAGAUUUUCUGCCUGCUGCUGAUGAGUGUAGCAGCUUGCUUCUAGCUACUGAGGAAGACCUUGCGGAGCUUCAAGAUCCUGAACUUGUUUCAACUAUUAGACAACAACAGCAACGAGUCCUUGAAUUUUGGGAAAAGAAUUGGCAUUCAGGUGUUCCUCUCAAGAUCAAAAGGCUUGCUGAAGAUGCAGAAAGGUUUAUAUGGGCGGUUAGUAUCGCGCAGACAAGAUGCAUUAGUAUGAAAACAAGGGUCGGUGCCUUGGUUCAAGACUUGAACAUGAUGAUUCCUUAUGCUGACAUGCUAAACCAUUCCUUCGAACCAAACUGUUUCCUACAUUGGCGCCCCAAAGAUCGUAUCCUUGAGGUUAUGUCAAAUGCUGGUCAGGCAAUUAAGAAAGGCGAAGAGAUGACCAUUAACUACAUGCCAGGCCAGAAAAACAAUAUGCUUAUGGAAAGAUAUGGCUUCUCAACUCCUGUGAAUCCGUGGGAUGCUAUACCCUUCUCUGGAGAUUCUCGUAUCCAUUUGAAUUCUUUUUUAUCUGUCUUCAACAUUUUUGGUCUUCCAGAAGAUUAUUACCAUGAUAGCGAGUUAUCAGGAGAUGAUUCUUUUGUUGAUGGAGCUGUUAUAGCUGCAGCAAGGACACUGCCCAUUUGGUCAGACAUAGAUCUUCCUCCAAUUCCGAGUGCCGAGAGAAAAGCGGUUAAAGAGUUGCAAGAUGAAUGUAGAAAGAUGCUUGCUGAAUAUCCCACAACCUCAGAGCAAGACCAGAAAUUGCUAGAUUCACUGUCGGAAGCAAGGACAACGUUUGCAACAGCGGUUAAGUAUAGAAUGCACAGGAAGAUGUUCAUUGGAAAGAUCAUCAAGGCACUUGACAUUUAUCAAGAACGGUUACUGUUUUGAUCAAAUGGAUUCUUUAGCGGUGGAUUCAUACUUGGUCCUCACUCCAUUUUGAGCUAUUUGGAAACUGUACCAUGAAACUGAAAGAUUGUGUUUUAUUGUUUCGUUUAAGCUUAUGCAUCUGUAUGGAACAUUUAGUUUUAAUGUUUUAGAUUGAUAUAAUUGCAUAAACCAA